AUGUUGGGCUUCACACAGCUCUUGAUUACUCUCUACCUCCUACAUCAUGGCAUGGUCAUGGCCCACCCGCUUUCGCCCGGCGAAGCCCUUGCAAAAAGAGGGCUCGGAGGUGCGCCGCCUGCAUAUGCCCGCCAUCGCGUUCUAACGAAGAGGAUGGAAGUGUUGGGCUCGAAGGGCACAGCGAGCGUGUUAGAUUCAGCUUCCCAAACAAGUGGGGCUGCGUCUCAUACCGCAGACGGAUUCACCAAAUUAGAGGAUUCGGGAACGCCAGGUCAUACUGUGGUUACACCGGAACCGCCCACCGGCCCAGCAUUUGAUGAUCAGCAACUUCCACCCCACCAGAACUUGAGGCCAGAUGAUAAUGUGGUUACAGUUGACCCGCCCACCAAUACAGCAUCUCAUGACCAGAACGUGCCACCCCACAACAACCUAGAUGGAAUUGAAACCCCAUACCAAGUAACACUGAAGGGUGGAUUGUUACAAGCUGAAAUAAUUGGUCAAGCCUUCGAUGAAGUAAGGAAUACAUUGCAGCAGAUAAAUGAAGAAAACAAAACCAUAGAAAAUACACUGCAUGAGCAAAUUCCAAGCAAUUCCAAUCCUCCAGUUGAACCUGGUCAAUCACCCACUGGUGAGCCAGGUGGAGGAAAUCCUCAUGAUGAACGCGUUCCAACCAUGGGCAAUGAUGCCAGAGGUGGUGGAAAAGGUUCCAAAGACCAACCUUCUGGGGAAGAUCAAACCAAUGCAGCGGGGGAUGAAAAUGUCGAACCUUCCGGAGAACCAACAGGAGAUGCAAGUGACUCUCGUCAGGAACCACCGCAGGCCUCUGGGGAUGGCCAGACACACGGUCAAUCUGACAGAGAUUUUCAACAAGAGAAUCCUGGAAGGGAACCUUCUCAUCUGGAGAUCCCAGAAGAAGCAGAAGAAGAAUUAAGGAAAGCUCGUCAAAAAGCAAAGGAUGAAGCAAUCCGGAAGAGAGCACAAGAGAAAGCGGAAAGAAUGAGGAAACAACAACAGGAGCAAAAUUUCAAACCUCCAUCAAAACCAGUUCAAUCGACCACAGGUGAACCAGGUGUAGAAGAUCCUCAAAAUGGCCGGGGUCCAACCACGGAUGAUAAUCCGACAGGGGAUGGCAGUAGUUCCAAUGACCAACCUUCUGGGGGCUCCGAAGGAAGUGCAAGUGGCCCUCUCAAAACAGAACAGCAGGACUCCAGGGCUCAAAAUAAUCAAAACAACUCCGACAACGAAGAUCUUCUUCCUUCAAGCGAAUUCGUAAAAGGUAUUUUGAAAAAGCAACAAGAAGAAAAAAAGAAAGCUGAGGAGCUGAAGAGACAACAAGCCCAAAAGUUAAAAGAGUUGGAAGAGCAACGCCGAAGAGAAAACCCUUUGGAUCGACCAGAGCAAUCAACCAUGGGGAACCCAAGUGCAGGAAACACUCAAGGUAAAGGGGAUCCAAAUGUGGAUGAUCCCACUUCAGGGACUGGAAGUGGAUCCAAUUCCCAGCCUUCUGGCGGAGGUGAAAGUAGUCGUCAGAACACAAGCCAGCAGGGCUCCAGUACACAAAAUAAUCAAAAUAACUCCGGCAACAGAAACCAACCUGAGAGCGAUGCGCAACGAAAAACACGAGAGGAUCAGGAAAGAAAAAGUAGACAGCAAGCUGAGGAGGAAAAUAAGAAGAGAGAAGAAGCCCGGUUAGCAAGAGAGAGAAGAGAAGCUGAGAUCAGACGGGAAAAGGAGGAGAGGAAAUUAAAAGAAGAAGCUGAGAGAAAGAGACAGCAAGAGCAAGAAGAAGCCGAAAGAAGACAACAACAGGAAACAGAACAGGCCGAAAGAAGAAGACAACAAGAGGGGAAUGGAAAUCAAAAUGGCAACCAGCACACAGAAAUUCCACAUGAGGAAAGUGCUCGUGAUGGAAAUCCCACAGCUAGCACUGAACCACAUGCAACAAACCAUGUUGAAGGAGAUAGUGGAAAAGUCCCUCCAACUACCAAAGAAAAUGAAAUCGACGCGGAAGCUGGGAACAAACUCCGAGAAGCAAAUCAAAAGCAUGGAGAACAGAAACCAAAAGGUUUCUUUCUGUCUGCUUUGCACAAAUUAGUGGAGAAGUUCAAAAUGAUGUGCAAUAGGUUGAUGAACUUCCUGUGCAGGCGGAAAAAAAGCUCUCUCAAUCCAAGCGAUAAGAUGAACAAUGUGCUCUUCAAAGAUGAACCCUACAACCCGUCUAAUGAGUCUGCGGACAUCAAAGCUGCCAGAGAAGCUGAACAAGGUAAACUCCGCCCUAAAGAAGCAAAUGCAAAUGAGAGGGACCCGCUUUAUGUUAUCCCAGAUCGUGAAGCCAAGCCUAACUAG